GACAGAGCUGGGGAUCGAACCGGCAACUUUCUGGUUACAAGAUGAGCGUCCCAACCCCUUGAACCACGAUCGCCCUGUCGCUUUAAAGGAAACCGUUUGGUUCACUUCCAUCUACAGUUUUAUUCUGGAGUGUCACUGGGUAGCUCUGCAUAAUUCAAUUCAAAAUAAUACUAAUAACACCCGCCCUGUGGAGGGUCAUCCUCUGUCUGAGACCAGCUGCUCGAGCACCCUUACUUCCCUCUCUGAUUGGCUGGCCUUUGUAUGCAGAGGGUUUGAGCAGGAGGUGGGCGGAGCUUCUGUGCUCAGAGCUGCUGCUGUGGGUCUGAGAUAACUGUAUCAGGAUUCAUUGCUCAGUGAUGUAAAAAACCUGAAUCAUUUAGAGCGUCCUAAAAAGCUAAACUGCUGGCUCACAAAAGAGAUGUGUGCUUUGAUCCAGUUUCACAGGAGCCUUUAUGGCUGUGCCACUGUGUAUGUGAGUCACUGUGGAUAUUUUUCAGUCAUAUUUACUGUCUUUACUGUUCAGGCCGUCUUCUCACAGUCAGAGGCAUUGGAGGGAGAUGGCAGCGCUGAGACACAGUACACUUACUACCCUGCCACCAUCGCAGAUGCCACCACUGGUACCAUGGUAACCACCGUGCAGGCGUCUGACACGCUUCUGGGCCAGACCACGCCCACAGGACAGCUUUAUGUGAUGAUGUCACCACAGGAGGUUUUGACGGGGUCCAAUCAAAGGACAAUUGCACCUCGAACUCAGCCGUACAUUGCGAAGCAGGACGCUCCACGGGCCUCCAGAGAUGAGAAACGGCGAGCCCAGCACAACGAAGUUGAGCGGAGGCGCCGGGACAAGAUCAACAACUGGAUCGUGCAGCUGUCAAAGGCCAUUCCAGACUGUAACGUCGACUACACCAAGACGGGACAGAGUAAAGGGGGGAUCUUGUCCAAAGCCUGCGAGUACAUAAAAGAGCUGCGACAGAGCAACCUGAAGCUUGGGGAGGACGUUGGCGUUCUGGAUCGUCUAAGAGUUGACAACCAGCUACUGAGACAGGAGGUGGAAGACUGGAAGUCCAAGAAUCAGAUCCUGAGGAACCUCUUGCGACAGCACGGCAUUGUGGGAUCGUCCAGCACAGAGCCUCAGUGAGAACCCUGCAGUGAUCAAACACGUGGGCCAAAGGAGUACUUGAAAUGCUUUGGAGAUACUUCAUUUGUGAUCAGUGUGCAUGAAACAGGGGAAGGAAGUGAAUAUUGUCAUUAAUAUUCAAAUCCAACUUCUUUGCUAAAUGACAUCUUUAAAUGUUGUUUUCCGAGCUUUUUACAGCAUUCUUUUAUCUACAGUACAAUCAUCAUAUUGAUUUAGCGAAGCCCUCAUUUAACGCCUCCCUGCACAAACAUUAUGAUUGUUCAUUAUCGUUAGCCUCCAGUACAGUAAGCUCACUUUUCUUUCCUUUCUGUGUCCGUGUAUCACACACACUCAUUCAUAUGUUCACAUUGUUUAUCACUUUGAUCAGCCGAUGCUAUGAGUUUGUCAUCCAAGAGUCUGACUCUUGGCUUUGUAUUUUUAAUGUGUCAUGAAGCCUCACUGGGGACAUUUAUUACAUUGCAACAAUGUAACUAACUAAAUAAAUUGGAGGGGGGGGGCAUUGCAUAGUAGGUAGGUUAUGUAUGUCUUUAUAAUAAAAACAAAUAUUAUGCUACAUGUCACGAGCCGCUCUCAGCUGUGAUUAAUAAAGCUUAUGAACUGGUUAAAAGA